UUAAAGGAAUCUACGGAAAUAAUGAACUUACGCGUGUUUCAUAGAUUGACCUCCAUAAAGCCUCCGAAUGUACCAUGUUCUCCCAUUUGCCCCCAGUUAAGUUGCGUACAGCGGCGACAGUACGCAGCAUCUCAUGAAGCCGAUGUUGUAGUUAUUGGAUCGGGGCCGGGCGGCUAUGUGGCUGCCAUAAAAUCAGCUCAGCUGGGCAUGAAGACUGUGUGUGUAGAGAAGAACGACACGUUAGGAGGAACGUGCCUCAAUGUCGGUUGUAUUCCUUCCAAGGCUUUGUUGAACAACUCACACUACUAUCACAUGGCUCAUUCGGGUGACCUAGCAAAGAGAGGCGUAGAAGUAUCUGACUUGAAAUUAAACUUGAAAGCCAUGAUGGAAGCGAAAACUACUGCUGUGAAAGCUCUAACGGGAGGUAUUGCUCACCUGUUCAAGCAAAACAAGGUUCAGUUAUUGAAUGGGCACGGCAAAAUAACUGGACCAAAUGAAGUUACUGUGAUAAAAGCCGACAACUCAACAGAAACUGUGAAAACCAAAAAUAUAAUUAUUGCAACAGGAUCAGAAGUGACUCCAUUUCCUGGAAUAGAUAUAGACGAAGAAAGAAUUGUUUCAUCUACAGGGGCGUUGUCCUUGAACAAAGUUCCGCAGAGAUUAAUCGUGAUUGGUGCCGGUGUAAUUGGUUUAGAGUUGGGAUCUGUUUGGUCAAGGCUGGGCGCUGAGGUAGUUGCUGUGGAAUUUAUGCCUACUGUCGGAGGAGUAGGAAUAGAUGGAGAAGUAUCUAAAACUUUCCAGAGGAUAUUAGCAAAGCAAGGUUUGAAAUUUAAGUUGGGAACAAAAGUGACUGGUGCUGCUGUCCAGGAAAAUUUAAUUAAAGUCAGCGUUGAAGAUGUGAAGGAUUCGUCCAAAAAGGAGGAACUGGAAUGUGAUGUGUUGCUGGUGUGUGUCGGAAGGAGGCCGUACACCUUAAAUUUGGGCCUUGAAGAAAUGGGCAUUGAACGGGAUCAGAAGGGAAGAAUUCCUGUCGAUUCUAAAUUUCAAACAGUGAAACCGAAUAUUUACGCCAUUGGCGACACUAUCCAUGGUCCAAUGUUGGCUCACAAAGCUGAAGACGAGGGUAUUUCAUGCGCAGAAGGCAUUGCUGGGGGCCCAGUGCAUAUUGAUUAUAAUUGCAUUCCUUCUGUUAUCUACACUCACCCUGAAGUUGGUUGGGUUGGUCGGACUGAAGAAGAUUUGAAAAAGGAUGGCAAAAAAUACAAAACAGGAAAAUUUCCAUUCGCAGCAAACAGCAGAGCAAAGACAAAUAAUGAUACUGAUGGCUUUGUGAAGGUAUUAGCAGACAUAGCGACGGACAGAAUAUUGGGCAUUCAUAUCAUAGGACCAAGUGCCGGAGAGCUGAUCAAUGAAGGAGUGUUAGCGAUGGAAUAUGGAGCGUCUAGUGAGGAUGUUGCAAGAUCGUGCCAUGCUCAUCCAACAUGCUCAGAGGCUCUCAGAGAAGGAUGUCUAGCUGCGUACUUUGGAAAGCCAAUUAAUAUGUAGCUUGUGAUACUAAAAAAAACCGCUAAUAUUGUUAAGACUGUAUGUGAAAGAAGAAA